AUGCGCAUAGCAAGAAGUAGAACUGACAAAAAACCAUCGGAUAUUUCAUCCCAAGGAUUAAAACCCGAAAAUAUUUCCGAAACAGAAGAAAACAAGCGAGCACCUGAGAGAUUCUUUGAAAAACUCGAGAAGGAUGCUAUUUAUAAAGAUACAAAUAGUUGUGUGUACAUAUGUCAUUUGUGUGAUUUUAGGUUCAAGCAUAAGAACAACCUUAAGCAUCAUCAGGAGAAACACUCGAAUAAUUCAAAAGUGGAAAUGUACAAGUGUAAUUUGUGUGAUGAAACAAUCAAAACUAAGUACAAACUUCAGAUCCAUCAGUUGAGACAUUCGAAAGUGUGCAUGUACACGUGUGAUUUGUGUGAUUAUAAAACUAAAUAUAAAAGCAAUCUCAAGUUGCACCAGUUAAAACACGCCGAUAUUUCACAGGUACCAAUGUACCAGUGUGAUAUGUGUGAUUUUAAGUCCAAAUAUAAAGACAGUCUCUACCGUCAUCAAUUGAGAAGACAUGCUGAUCCUUCAAAGCCACUUUUCUACGCAUGUCACUUGUGUGGCUUUACUAGCAAAUGCAAAGAAAAUCUUGAGGCCCACCUGUUGAAACACACGACCCCAUCAAAAACGCGAAUUUAUACCUGUGAUUCCUGUGAUUAUAUAUCAAAAAAUAGGAAGGCGUUUUAUCUCCAUCUGUUCCAUCACCAGUCAAACGUACAGUUGUACAGGUGUGAUGUGUGUGAUUUCAUGACUAAAACUAAAAUCAGACUGGAGCCUCACAAAUUGAGACAUGAAAACCCUUCAGAGGUAGAGUGGUAUGUGUGUGAUUUGUGUGAUUAUAAGUCUAAAUAUAAGGGCAAUCUUAACACCCACCGCUUAAGGCACACGGACUCUCCAGAAAUUUACAGAUGUGAUAGUUGUGAUUACAAAACCAAAAUCAAGAAAGAUUUUGUGUGCCACCAGGUAGCACACAAAGACUCCUCGCCCAUACAAAUAUACAAAUGUGAUUCAUGUGAUUAUAAGACCAACAAGAAGAAUCACUUUAAUGUCCACCAGUUGAAACAUUCAGGAGUGCCAAUGUACAAGUGUGAUUUGUGUGGCUUUUUGAGCAAAUAUAAGGCGAGUCUCGCGCGACACCGGUUGCAACACGCAGGCCCUUCAGAAGUGUCAACAUACAAGUGCAAUUGCUGCUCCAGGUUAUUAAAUCAUGGAGAUGAAUAUGACUGGAAUCACCAGCAGAGGGUAACGACCGGGUCUCGACAGAACUGGGAGGUUGCCAAGACGGUGAGCCAGCAUUGCACUUGGUUAUAUACCGCUGGCAUGGAGAUCGACGAACGUGGCGUUUAUUCCUAA